AUGAUUACAUCCAUAAGCAUGCAACUUGUCAAUUUUGAAGUAGACAAAGAAGCAUGGGAUUUCCUCUCUAAAAUGUAUACUCAAAUCAACUUUGCACAAAGAUACAAACUUGAGCAGGAUAUUCGUUCUUUGAAACAACAGUCAGACCAGACCAUCUCUGAUUUUCAUUCUGAGAUGUCCAUCGUGUGGAAUCAACUAGAACUUAUGGAACCAAAGUGGACUGCUGAUACAAAAAUAUGGCAAAAAUAUAGAGAGGAUUCUAGACUAGUUCAGCUAUUAAUGGCAUUGAUAGAUGAGUUUGAAACUGUCAGAGCAUCAAUUCUUCAUCGAUCUCCUCUUCCAACGGUGGAAACUGCACUUUCUGAACUUAUCACUGAAGAAACUCGUAAGAGAGUCAGGACCUGCACCGUUUCACCAAGUACAUCAUCUGCAAAUGCUUCUCAGGUUUCAACAUCUCAAACUGCACCUCCUAGCACACCUCAAUGUAACUACUGCAAAGCCUUUGCACAUCUAGUUGGAAAUUGCACAUCUCCAUCAUCUAGAAACAUGAGGGAAAGAAGAAGAUUGAAUGGUAAUGUUCCUGCACAUCUAUCUGCAGCUCUCGCUAAUUUUUCAUAUAGUCUAGAGAAACCACAAGAUGCAGCUGGACAAUCUAUAUCACCCAAUCUUGCUGAAAUCCAGGAGAUGCUCAAACAAGCUUUGUCUAUUGGUAAUAACUCCACAACUGCUUCUGCUUUCUCAGUUCCAACAGAUGGUACAGAAAUAAGUGCUACUCAUAUUGGCCAGAUUAAACUUUCAGAUAAAGAUCCUAUGACAAAGAUGCUUGUUGGGAUAGGCCGUAGAGUUGGUCGGUUAUAUAUUUUGGAGUCUCUAGUUAUUCCUCAGCAAUCCAAGAACAAACUUGUUGCUGCUUCCGCUUCUACCUUACCUUCCACAGUAUCUCCUUUUAUAUCUUGGCAUUCUAAGUUAGGACAUGUCUCUUUCUCUCGUCUUUCUUAUAUGAUUAAUAAAGGGUUGUUAGGAAAUAUACCUGUUGACAAAGAACCUCAUUGCAUUUCCUGUAAGAUGCGCAAACAACAUGCACUUCCUUUUAAUAAAAGUAUUACCUUUUCUAAUCCACCUUUCGAUCUUAUACAUUCUGAUGUUUGGGAAACUCCAGAACAAAACGGUGUUGCUGAAAGAAAACACCGACAUAUUAUUGAAACAGCUAGAACACAACUCCUAUCUUAUUAUGUUCCCUCAAACUUUUGGGGUGAAUCCGUUCUCACUGCUGUUUACACUAUCAAUCGCAUUCCGACUGUAGUUAUAGAAGAUCGUGAGAGAAACAAACUUGGAAAGAAGAAUACUAUGUGUGUUUUCUUAGGAUAUGGUAUAGAACAGAAAGGUUACAGAUGCUAUGAUCCAGAGACUAGAAGGUUACGUAUUUCUCGACAUGUAACAUUUUUGGAUAAAAUACCUUUUUGGUCCCUUCCUAGUAGCAAAACAUCUACCUUAGAGAGCUUCACAUAUCUAGAUCCUUUUGAUGAUACUUCUCUCGAGAAUUCCUUACAUAUCACAGACAUUCUUGUUCCUACUUCUUCUGAAUCAAUUGCAGUUACUGAAGGUGAAGUUGAUACUGACAACUCUAUGGAGCAUUCUGACAAUGCAUCUUGA